AUGGAGAAGGAAUAUGAAGAAGCAAGGAACUAUGGAAGAUAUGACAAGAAACGAGAAUGUUAUAUCAACAGAAAAGGAGAACCAGUUGUCCAUCGAAAAGAAGUGGUGUUUGACGAUGUUCUUGCAGUAAUCCCUCUAUCCGGCGAGUACUAUUCAAAUGUUGCGAAAGAUAAACAUUAUGAGAAAAAGCUGGAUAAAAUCAUCAGAGAUGUCAUGACAGCGAGUCUAGGACAGAGAGAUGAAGAGAGGAUGAAGAAGAAUGUUGAAAGUUUGGUGGAUAAUUUGAAAAAGGCUGCUGAGGAAGUGAAAGUUGAAGCUGAAAAAGAAAAAGAAGCUGUUACUGAAGAACAACAGAAUGAAGAAGAUCUGAAGAAGAAAGGAGAAGAUGAUGUGAAGGUUGAAAGUUCGGUUGAAGUGGAUGAUGGUGCUGGUAUUGGUGAGGAACAACAAGAGAGUGAAGCUGAUCAGACACAGACGGAAGAGAAAGUCGAGGUGCCAAUCACUGAGAUUUUGAAAGAUAAUGAAGAAAGGCUCACACAAAAAUGCAAAAAUUUAGAAAAAGAAAAUGAGACUUUGAAGGAAAAGGUUUCGAAAAUGACAGAAGAGUGUUUACAAAAGGAAAGUGCAUUUCAAGAAAUGAAAAAGGAAUACGAUUCAAUAAAACUUGCAUACCAUAUCACAAAAGAAUCAUAUAAAGAUGUGAAAAGUCAAAUGAAACUUGUUCAAUCGAGAUUGAAAUAUUGUUCUGAAACAUCCGAUACGCUUAAGCGACAGUAUGAAAUUAAGCAACAAGCUGUAAAUUCUUACAUUGAAGAUGUUGCUAAGCUAAAGCGUAAAAUAGAUGAUUUAGAACAAGAUAACAACAAGUUACACAUUUAUCACGCUUCAUUAUAUGUUCUUGAACGCAUUUUCAAUCUAAAACCGGAUGGUAAAGAUUCUGAGCAAAACAAGAAAGGAAUUGGCUCAGAGUAUCAUCAGGUUCCAGCAUCGUUUGAGGAAAAAUUCACGUUCUUUGAUGAUGAGAAUGAGGAAAAAGCUUUCAACAUGGUGCUCCUGAAGACAACUGAAUGUCAGCAAGAGGAGUAUCGGAGCAGCCUGGCACAAGAGGAGGAGGCUGCUGAACCCUGCAACUGA